AAUCUGGGUUCGGUUUACUAUGAUAUGGGAAAGUACGAAAAAGCAAAAGACUUUUAUGAACGAGCGAUGAAAAUUGAAACAAAAUCAUUUGGACCUGAUCAUGUUAAUAUUGCGUCAACGUACAGUAAUCUGGGCUCGGUUUACAUAAAUAUGGGAGAGUACGAAAAAGCAAAAGAUUUUUAUGAACGAGUGAUGAAAAUUCAAACAAAAGCAUUUGGACCUGACCAUGUUAAUAAUGCGACAACGUACAACAGUCUGGGUUCGGUUUACCAUACUAUGGAAGAGUACGAAAAAGCAAAAGAUUUUUAUAAACGAGCGAUAGAAAUUCAAACGAAAGCAUUUGGACCUGAUCAAGUUAAUAAUGCGACAAUGUACAACAAUCUGGGUUUUGUUUACAAAGAAAUGAGAGAGUACGAAAAAGCUAAAGAUUUUUAUGAACGAGCGAUGGAAAUUGAAUCGAAAGCAUUUGGACCUGACCACGUUAAUAUUGCGACAACGUACAACAAUCUUGGUUCGGUUUACUAUGAUAUGAGAGAGUACGAAAAAGCAAAAAACUUUUAUGAACGAGCGAUGAAAAUUGAAACGAAAGCAUUUGGACCUGACCAUGUUAAUAUUGCGACAAGGUACAACAAUCUGGGUUCGGUUUACUAUGAUAUGGGAAAGUACGAAAAAGCAAAAGAUUUUUAUGAACGAGUGAUGAAAAUUCAAACAAAAGCAUUUGGACCUGACCAUGUUAAUAUUGCGUCAACGUGCAGUAAUCUGGGUUCGGUUUACAUAAAUAUGGGAGAGUACGAAAAAGCAAAAGAUUUUUAUGAACGAGCGAUGAAAAUUAAAACAAAAGCAUUUGGACCUGACCAUGUUAAUAUUGCGACAACGUACAUCAAUCUGGCUUUGGUUUACAGUGAAAUGGGAGAGUACGUAAAAGCAAAAGAUUUUUUUGAACGAGCGAUGAAAAUUGAAACAAAAGCAUUUGGACCUGACCAUGUUAAUAUUGCGAUAAGAAGCUAAAAUACUCCUGUCUUUGAGAAAACGUACAAGGAUAUGGAACAAGAGGAAAUGAAUUUGUAGCUCAUUUUCAAUGAAGAAGAAAAUCAAUUUCUCUUUUCAUUUUAGGUAUGUCUUCUUUAUGCUAAAGCUGAUUAGAAACAGUUAUAUGGUAGAUUUCUUUUAACAAAGGUUCAAAUAACAACAGUUGUAUAUUUAUAAAAGGUAUAAAUAUAUUAUUGACAAUAUUGAAACAUUUGUAUUUUAAAGUUUCCAACUGUCAUUUACUGGAACAGUUUUUAAUAAGAAACUUGUAUGGAACUAUCAAAGUAUAUUUAUGAGUUUAGUUUGCAAUAUCUAGCUAUUCAGAAGUUGUGAAGUUCCUUAAAAUGAAUGUUGUUGGGCCAUUUUCUUGUAUAAUGAGAGUAAAUACUGAUCUUACAGCAACCAUGAUCAUGUAACAUCCCUUUUUGAAAUGCUGAAAAGCCCACAAGGUUUGCUUUGCUAUAUAAGUAUGAAUACAGUCUUUUCUAUAUUUAUUUCUAUUCAUUCAUAUAAUUUACAAAAUAUACUUUCUAUUUCUGA